GAAAACCAUAAUCACGUAUCAUUUUAGAGUUUGAUGUAUAUUGAAUUAGUGAUAGUUUGGGAAAAUGUUCUUCCUAAAAUUGUGCCUAAGUGUUUCAUUGCUUGUCGGACUGUGCCAAGGAUAUUUUCAGAUAAUAACUGAAGAUGGAGAUCUACAAUGUAAACCUAGCUCAAUACAGUGUUUGAGCAACAAUAAAUCCUUUGUAACUUGUGUUAAUACAAAUAAUUUAACAAUACUUUCUACAGUAUUAAAUUGCCCGGAUGGAUAUUAUUGUGAUGAUUCAACAACUACUCCAUGUUUAGCGGACCCGGCGAACAUAACCACAAUUGUAUCCACAACAUCAACAUCAUUGAUAACUACAGUACCAUCUACGACUCAAAACACCGAUACCACACCAACUUUUACAGUAACCACAACAGAUUCAACCAAAUUCAUAACUACGAUUUCAAUAUCAACAGAGGAACUGUCUGAAGCGAUCAUCUCUACUACAAAAGAGGAAACUGUGACUUCAUCGUCAGAUAACACGGAAACAACUGUGUCUGAGUCAACCGUUUCCACAGUAACUUCAACAAAUGAAUUCACAACGAAAAAGAAAGUGGCUAGACCUACAGGAGCUCCAACUUGUACUUCUACUGGACUUUAUCCCGCACCAGCUUGCAAUCAGUACUAUGAAUGCGUAGAAAAAGUAUUUCUACUUAUAUUCAAAUAUUAUGUCGCAGAAUUGAGAACGUGUAUCGAUGGAGAUUAUUAUGAUACUGGUUUACAACAAUGUAUAUUAGCCAUUCUAAGUGACUGUGAAUAAUUGUAAAUGAAACAUAAAAAAUAUAGAAAUUACUCUAUUAUAUUUCAUGCGACAGAAGGUAAAUUUCAUCUUUCUACAAUUUUUACAUAUAUUUUAACAGAAAUUUCAUUAUUUCAACAUAAAAACUAUAAUUAUAUAAUGUUUAUUAAUA